AUGGGUAUUGUCAGUAGUAGACCCGAUGAUGGCUCGGCCGUCUUUCUCAAGGACCAGAACAGAUUGUCCAUCUCUUCUCUUGUCAUAUCGAAUCCGCGAAGGCGAAGCGCAAUCUCCAUAGUUCCAAAUGCGUUCCCUGCCACCAAAGUUACUGCCACGCGGGCUUCAGGAGAUUCAAGCCCCGUAGAGUUUAUUCAGGACACCGAACCCUUUCCCAUGCCUAAUUUCUUGCUCAAACUGAACACGGACGACGAGCUGCUCUUCACGUUCACCUUUGUCAUUCGCCAAGAGAACACCAACGGCCCCGCCGCAGAUACCCAUAUCAACGGUCUGACCUAUGUCUACGCCUCAAAUAGCAGAGAAGUCGAGAACUUGGUUACUCGCGAGUUUCAUGCCGACCCGAACUUACAUAAGAAUUCUAAUGUCGAAUUGGUAGGAGACUACCACACGGGCGGCAGUUCCUCAGUGAGCUUCGAGUGGUCAUGGAAAUGGAAGCCUCCAAAAGCUGUGGAAGAUCGGGGUGGUGGCUGGAGAAAUGCUUGCAGCUUCGUCGAAUACGACCAGAGAGCCCACAAGCUGGUCACUCUCGCCAGCUUCUCCUUCUGGGUUGCCAACACCUCAAACAUUCCUUCCCACCCAAACUCGCCGUCGCCCGUGUUCCAAUUAGCCGUACCACCGCGAAUUCGCGUGGCAUCCGCACAGUCGGUCGAUUCACGGAUCAGCGAGGGGGAAGAGCCUGGCUCUCCCCUGAACAUACAAUAUGACCUCACGCCGAUUGCGCAAGUGGAAACGAAUAUCUCACAACAAGCGAUCAAGGUCGAUGUUGCCUGCCCACGACCCGGCGAUGACAUGAGCGUAAGUGACGACGGCCCAGUCUUCCGUGCCACAAUCAAAGCUUUGGAGCAAAAGACAGGGAACAUGAGAACACAAAUGAAACGCGUCCUCAAAAAGGCGGAACAAGCCUAUGCAGCUCAGGUCGAGGCCAACGACGCAUUCUCUGGCUUUCUGGACUCCUUGCGAGAAGCUUCCAGUUCCAAUGCCAAUGCCGUACAACCAGCAUUAGAGCAUUACUUUGAUAAGAUCGGGCGGGAGAUAUUGGCCUACGAAAGACUGAACACUUCCAACUUGCAAAGGGCCAUCAUCGAACCAAUCAGUAAGCUAUAUACAUAUGAUAUCAAACAGGCAGAAAGCAAGAAGCGCGAUUUCGAAGAAGAUAGCAAGGACUACUACAGCUACGUUUCCAGGUACUUGGGACAACGACAGGAUUCUGUCAAAGCCAAGAAGCUGGUCGAUAGCGACAACAAGUACCAGACCAAGCGACGGAACUUUGAGCUGAAGCGAUUCGAUUACUCCUCAUUUGUGCAAGAUCUGCAUGGUGGUCGUAAGGAACAGGAAGUACUAUCGCACCUGACCAGGUAUGCUGAUACGCAGGCACGAGGUUUUCUGACCACGGCGAAAAAGAUCGAUGGUCUACUCCCUCAGCUAGAGGCUCUUUCAAAUCAGGUUCAAGAGGCGGACAAAGAGUUCCAGUACCAGAGACGUGAGCGAGAGGAGAAAAGGCGGGUACUCGAAAAGAGCAAUCUCUCGUAUAACGAGCCAGAGACGGUGGCUUCAACCGCGAGCGUGGCUCCUAGUGCUAUCGCUUCCGUUGCAAAUGGCAUCCAGUAUACUUCUGACUCGGAAUUGGGUCGCGCUGAUAGCACCGGCUCGCAACUCAGGGUCGUCAUGACAGGCAGUUCAAGCGCCGUAGUCACUCCAGGAUCAGACCUCUCAAGAUCACCUGGUAGCUUAGGCCCAGCUACUAUAGGCAGCCCUCUACAGAGCGCCAAGUUCAAGGGGAUUCGAGAUCUUGAGGAAAGAGACCUGUCACAGGCGUUAGGUCUUGACAAGAAUGUGACACAUAGAAAAGAAGGACUGCUCUGGGCCCUCAACCGACCAGGAAGUCAUGUUGAUCCACGGGCAUUAACAAAGCAGCAAGGAUGGCACAAGUUCUGGGUGGUGCUGGAUCAGGGCAAGCUCUCCGAAUACAGCAACUGGAAACAGAAGCUGGAUUUACACAUGGACCCUAUCGAUCUCCGGUUAGCGUCUGUUCGUGAGGCAAGAAACGCCGAACGAAGAUUUUGUUUCGAAGUGAUAACGCCACAUUUCAAGCGUGUGUAUCAAGCCACAACUGAUGAUGACAUGAACAAUUGGAUUACUGCAAUAAACAACGCUUUACAGAGUGCUGUCGAAGGACGCGGGCUUAGGGAUUUGCCCACGACGUCAUCGUCUACUGGCGACUCGUCAAGCUUUAAGAGAGAUAUCGGGUCUGUACUCACAGGCAAGAGUACUUCCUUGAACCAUGGGCACGGCUACGGCCAUGCCCACCAUGGCAGCCCUGCCGCCAACAUUCCUACUAGGCGCAUCACCGUGGGGGCUCGGCCAGCCGUCUCACAGCGACCAAUAAGUAGCAGCUUCGACGACAGGCCUGAUAAACUACUGCAGACACUUCGCGAUCACGACCAGGGAAAUCUUUGGUGUGCGGACUGUGGCAGUGGCGCCAAGGUGGAGUGGGUGUCCAUCAAUCUAGCAAUAAUACUCUGCAUUGAAUGUAGUGGUAUACACCGGUCAUUGGGCACCCAUAUCAGCAAAGUUCGUUCUCUUACACUCGACAUCACGUCUUUCACGCCCGAUAUUAUCGAACUUUUGCUUCUCGUGGGAAAUCGAGUGUCAAACAUGGUAUGGGAGGCGAGGUUGGAACCAGGUAUUAAACCCGGGCCGCAAGCGACGCGUGAGCAACGAUUGAGAUUUAUCACGGCCAAGUAUGUUGACAAAGCCUACGUGGAGCCCAUCUCCGCUACGCUUUCAAGGUAUCCGACAGCAGACGAGACACUCUUAGCUGCCAUCAAGCGGAAUGAGAUACAGCAGGUCAUCUAUGCCUUGGCAUUGAAGGCCAACCCGAACGUCCUUGAUAAAUCUCGGGGUACACAUGCCGUCUUCCUCGCUUUGGCAGCGGCGGAUCCAGCUUCACCAUCCCCAUCACCUACUCCUGCGAGUCGUGGGGAACCCGACAGCAACACUAAGCCCUUCCCGUUAGCCGAGAUGUUGAUUCAGAACGGGGCAGAAGUACCAGCCACCAUGCCCGCCUUCCCACUCAGCCGCAGUGCACAGCUAUACAUUGAGCAGAAGCGAGGGCGCAGCGCCGCCAUUGAUGCUUCUGGCAUGUCGGCAUCGGCCUUGAGUCCCAGUCCAAACGAAAGAAUGCGCCGCGAUAAAGAGCGUUUACAGAAGCGCAUCAGUGCAGGAGGUCAUUUAGCCACUUCCCCGAUACCCGAACGUUAG